CAGUCAGUUUUUUUAUUCGCUUGUAGCCAUUCUGUUUUUUGAGACCAAAGAACAAUGCGUCGGCCAUCUUUUAGGCGAUUUGUUUUGCUGUCCCUAUCAGUCUCAGUUGGCGUCUUUUUAUUCUUAAAUUCAACAUAUCAACAACCCAUCAGCCCAAAGUUGGAGGCAUUUGCACCGGGUAAAAUUGGUGAAAUGUGCGAAUCGGAUGGCGGUGGGCAGAAACGAAUUAUGUUCAUCGAAACAUCAGGUGAAAAAUGUCUUCGACCCCGACAAGCCUGUGCCAUUGAAUCAGCAGCUCGAACUAAUCCAGACAUGACAGUCUAUGUUUACAUGGCGAAGGAAAGACCACCUGGACGGCCUGAAAUGGAUCGAGGCGAAGGUCUUGAACGUCAUUGUGAAACUAUGGAAAUACUUGAAUCUUUCACCAAUGUAUACAUCAUUAGAGACAAUCUACCCAAACAUCUUGUAGACACUCCACUAGAAUCUCUCUAUUUUAACGGCAACAUGAAAAAUAGCCAAUACGCGUUACAGCACAUUAGUGACGCUUUACGGGUUGCAUUGCUCUACAAACAUGGCGGCAUUUAUCUCGAUUUGGAUGUGGUUGUACUUCGAUCGCUGCGAUGUCUCAGGAACACGGCCGGACAUACUUUUAUUUUAGGACAAUCUUCGAUCGAGAAUGGAUUCAUGGCAUUCGAUCGUGGACACAAACUGCUGAAAUUCUUCAUGCGUUGGAUGCAGCGAUCAUAUAAACCGAACGAGAGGUCCGUCAUUGGACCGAAUGGAUUCAGUAAAGCUUUUCAGAUGCUGUGUAAUUAUCCGUCGACAGUGAUUAGCGAUUCAACCUUUGAUUUCAAGUGUCAUGACAAUGUCAACGUUAGACUACACAACAAAACUGCCUUUCAUCCCAUCACUUAUUUUGAACAAAAUCGUUUCUAUGCUGAAAAUUUCGACGAAAAUGAGUUGGAUACGUUUAAUCAAAGUUAUUCGGUUCACGUUUACGGUUCAGGGCACGGGGCUCAUGUGCCUGAAACGAGUCUUUUCGCUUUUAUGGCUAACCAGUUUUGUCCCUCCACCUACGACUUGCACUUGCAAGGUGUUUAUGAUUUUUAAACCUGCUUUUUUCAUUGUUUUCU